GGGGGAAAAUUGGCGCAGCGGAGGUUUCUAGUCCCUCCUGGCUUCCCGUUCUCCAGGCCCGGCUGACGGAGGUCGCCGAGGCCGCCAUAUUGAAUAAGCAACCGGGCGUCUAAAGGGUUCGGUGCGGUGCAGACAGUUCUGCCGAGUGCCCUCGGCGGCUCCAGACAGAAGCAAUAUGUUAAGGAUACCUGUGAGAAGGGCCUUAAUAGGCCUUUCUAAGUCUCCUAAAGAAUAUGUUCGAACAACAGCCACAGCAGCAAGCAACUUAAUUGAAGUAUUUGUUGACGGCCAGUCUGUCAUGGUGGAACCGGGAACUACUGUCCUCCAAGCUUGUGAGAAGGUUGGCAUGCAGAUCCCUCGAUUCUGUUACCAUGAAAGGCUGUCAGUUGCUGGAAACUGCAGGAUGUGCCUUGUUGAAAUUGAGAAAGCUCCUAAGGUUGUAGCUGCUUGUGCCAUGCCAGUAAUGAAAGGUUGGAAUAUCUUGACAAACUCAGAGAAAUCUAAGAAAGCCAGGGAAGGUGUGAUGGAGUUCUUAUUAGCAAAUCACCCAUUGGACUGCCCUAUUUGUGAUCAGGGAGGCGAAUGUGAUCUGCAGGACCAGUCCAUGAUGUUUGGAAGUGAUAGGAGCCGGUUUUUAGAGGGGAAACGUGCUGUGGAGGACAAGAAUAUUGGGCCAUUGGUAAAGACCAUUAUGACUAGAUGUAUACAGUGUACUCGCUGCAUCAGGUUUGCAAGUGAGAUUGCAGGAGUAGAUGAUUUGGGAACAACAGGCAGAGGAAAUGAUAUGCAAGUUGGCACAUACAUUGAAAAGAUGUUUAUGUCCGAACUGUCUGGGAAUAUCAUUGAUAUCUGUCCUGUAGGUGCCCUGACCUCUAAGCCCUAUGCCUUCACUGCCCGGCCUUGGGAAACAAGAAAGACAGAAUCCAUUGAUGUAAUGGAUGCAGUUGGAAGUAAUAUUGUGGUAAGCACAAGAACUGGAGAGGUGAUGAGGAUUUUGCCAAGAAUGCAUGAGGACAUUAAUGAAGAGUGGAUCUCUGAUAAAACCAGAUUUGCCUAUGAUGGGCUAAAACGUCAAAGACUUACCGAGCCGAUGGUCAGAAAUGAAAAAGGGCUUUUAACCUAUACCUCCUGGGAGGAUGCACUCUCUCGUGUAGCUGGAAUGUUGCAGAGUUUUCAAGGCAAAGAUGUGGCAGCAAUUGCAGGUGGCUUGGUGGAUGCUGAAGCCCUAGUAGCUCUCAAAGAUUUGCUUAAUAGAGUGGACUCUGACACCCUAUGCACUGAAGAGGUCUUCCCCACUGCAGGAGCUGGCACAGAUUUGCGAUCCAAUUAUCUUCUUAAUACUACAAUUGCUGGUGUGGAAGAGGCAGAUGUUGUCCUUCUGGUUGGUACAAAUCCACGUUUUGAGGCACCACUAUUUAAUGCUAGAAUUCGAAAGAGCUGGCUUCAUAAUGACUUAAAAGUGGCCCUUAUAGGCAGCCAAGUGGAUCUCACUUACAGAUAUGACCAUCUGGGAGAUUCUCCCAAAAUUCUUCAAGACAUUGCUUCAGGUACCCAUCCAUUCAGCCAGGUCUUAAAGGAAGCUAAAAAACCUAUGGUGGUUUUAGGUAGUUCUGCGCUCCAAAGAAAUGAUGGGGCAGCGAUUCUUGCAGCUGUUUCCAGCAUUGCUCAAAAGAUUCGGAUGAGCAGUGGUGUUGCUGGUGAUUGGAAAGUUAUGAAUAUCCUACAUAGGAUUGCAAGCCAAGUAGCUGCUUUAGACCUUGGGUAUAAGCCUGGGGUGGAAGCAAUUCGAAAGAACCCUCCCAAAGUGUUAUUUCUCCUCGGAGCAGAUGGAGGUUGUAUCACUCGACAGGAUUUGCCAAAGGAUUGUUUCAUUAUUUAUCAAGGACAUCACGGUGAUGUUGGAGCUCCUAUAGCUGAUGUUAUUCUCCCAGGCGCAGCUUACACGGAGAAGUCUGCUACUUAUGUCAAUACUGAGGGCCGAGCUCAGCAGACUAAAGUAGCAGUGACCCCUCCUGGCUUGGCGAGAGAAGACUGGAAAAUUUUAAGAGCCCUCUCGGAGAUAGCAGGCAUAACUCUUCCAUAUGAUACUCUGGAUCAAGUAAGGAACAGAUUGGAAGAAGUCUCUCCUAAUCUUGUUCGAUAUGAUGAUGUUGAAGGAGCUAAUUAUUUCCAGCAAGCAAGUGAGCUCUCCAAGCUAGUGAACCAGCAACUACUUGCUGAUCCUCUUGUUCCACCUCAGCUAACAAUAAAAGACUUCUAUAUGACAGAUUCAAUUAGCAGAGCCUCACAGACAAUGGCCAAAUGUGUUAAAGCUGUCACAGAGGGUGCCCAGGCAGUAGAGGAACCAUCCAUAUGCUGAAACAUCUACCAGUUUUGCUACAAAUACUUAAUGGACAACUAUGUUGGAGUGAUCUCUUAGAGGUUUCUCUCUUUAAAAAAUAAUCUGAAUGAUGUAAUAUUUAAGGUUCUAUCAUGCUUAUUUGAAAACAAUAUUGCAAUCAUCAAAGAACUUGGAGCUUCCAAGAAUGUUUGUGUUGUGUGUAAACAUUAAAUAGUUUAAUAAACAUGUACACUGAUGCUUUUUCAUGUAAAAGCAUUAAUAGUCUUUGUGAUGAAUACAAAGAAAAUCCUUAAAAUAUGAAUUUUUGUUUAUCUUUAUAGGUCAUUUAUGUUUGUAAAUGGGUUAAAGAAGCAAAGCUUCCAUUAGGACCCCUUUUUUAAUUUGUUUUGGUUUUUUUGUUAAUCCUCACCUGUUUUUUCCAUUUAUUUUUAGAGAGAGUGGGAGAGAAGGAGGGAGGAAGGGAGGGAGGGAGGGAGAAAUAUUGAUGUAAGAGAGACACAUCAAUUGGUUGCCUUUGCACGAGCCCCAACUGGGGCCAGAAUCGAACUUGUAACCCAGGUUUGUGCCCUUGACCGAGAAUCAAACUCAUAACCCUUCAGUGUGCAGGCUGACACUCUAACCACUGAGCACACUGGCGAGGGCAGGACCCCCUUUUUUAUUGUUAAAAUAAAGAUUUAAGCAUUCUGUCAGGGUGGGUACAUAGAAAAAAUACAUAAUCAUAUACUGUAUGUAUCCUGGAAAAUUAUAAUAACGAUAGCUAAUGGUUAUUCAACUUGUUCUGUGUGCGAGGUAACCACUAAGCUACAUGUAUUAUCUUGUUUUGUCCUUGCUCUGACCCUGUGAGGUAGUAGUAUCUCAUUUUACAGGUGAAGAAACUGAAGCGCAGGUAAUAUUAGGUAGCUUGCUCAAGGCCACAACAAAAAAGUCAGACUCAAGCUGAGUUCUGUCUGACUCCAAAAUAUAUUGUUCUUAACUGCUACACAUAAUUCCCUGCCAUUGAUGCAUAUUCUAAGAAUUGGUAUUGAGGAGCUUAAUGGGUAACACAUUUUUCUGUAUUCUCUUGUACCUGUUUAUAUAAUGUCAUGGUGGUUAUGUGACAUUUUUCUUUGGAUAAUAGAUUACACGUACAUAGACCCACCGGGAAUGAGGGAGGUCUGAAGAGAUCUAUAAUGUAGGUCUUCAUUGAUGUUUCAUAUUCAUUAUAUUAGUACCAUGUAUAGUAUUAAGUCAGAUAAAUUUCCAGUAAUAGAAAAUAAACUAAUAGCUUUCAUAAUUUUUAAUUGUCAAAACACAAAGGAAAAAUUUUACAGCUAAUCUUGGCGGUAAUCUAAAGCUAUAUUAAAUUUUUUCAAAAUUCACGUUCAGAAUCCUUUUGUUUUAUUAUCCCUUUCUGCUUUCCUGAUUAUUCCUUUCUGCUUUUCUGAUAUAAACUCAAUUCCAUUGAUUGUAAAGGAAGGUCAUGUCUAAUGUGAGCUCCAGAUUGUAUCUUUUAAAAGAAAAACAUUUCUUCACUAAAGCUCAGAGUAAUUAAGUAACUUGGUCAGGGUCAACCCAGUCAGUGAAAUACUGCUACUACAGUAUCUCACCAUGGUUGUGAAAAUUAAUUGUACAGAAUUCUGCUUAUUUUUAAUAAUGGAUGGAAUUUUUACCAGUCAUUGUAAAACUUACUGGUUGUUGGAUUCUAACCCUUAAAAAAGAGCAAAGCAUAAAAUGGUGCUGUCAGAAGAGGGGAGACUGUGUGCUCGUGAUAGGAAAGGCAGUGAAGGGGAGUUAGAGCUGUUGAUGUGCAUGGAAGUGGAUGCGUGGAUUCUUUUGCCAACGUAAAGCUUUGGCUGAUAUAAACUGUCAGCCUUACUGCUGCCCAAACAAAUUACCCCACCACUAGUCAGGCUCCCAAGGACAGAGGAACUAAAGUUAAUAUGUAAAUGUUAACAUUGUCAUUCAUGACUACUGUUAAAAUGUCAUUAGCAAAGUCACCCAUUACCAAUGGUGUGGCUAAAAAUUAUGAUUCAUGCAGAAGUUAAUGCUAUACAUAAAUAUGACACACUAUUUUUUAGGUCACUUUAUAAGGCUUCUUUUAGCAUGGCUAGACCUUAUGUUUGUGAUUGACAACUUUUGGAAACAAGUGGACAUGAAAAAGAUAUAAGGAUCUGUUGGAACAAAAAAUUGUGUAUAUACAUAUAUAGUGACAUUUUAUAAAAAUAUGAAAAUAGCUGAUAAUUCCCUAAUAAUUUUUGAUAACCAGUAUUUCAAACUAUUUUCACAAUUGCAUAGUACUCUAAUCAGUUUGCUUAUUUAAUUUAGCCCAAGAGACAAAAAUGUUAGAAAACUGUGACUAUACUUAGGGUCCAUAUUUUAAGAAAACAAGGAUCUCAGAACCAAAUACUCAUUGCUUAAUGUGUUUUCUUGUGGUUUUAUACCACUGAAAAAUUUUGAAGAUUAAAGAUAGAGACCUACCUAUGACUGAUUUGUCAAAAUAACUUAAACGGAAAAGCAAUACAUUGGUAUUGAAAAAUAUGGCAAUAAAACCCAAAAACAAAAAGAAAAAUAUGGCAAAUGUAUGGUCUAGGAUUAGAUUAUAAUAUUUAAUUUUAAAUUGGUAUGUAAAGAGAUCAGAAGAUAACAAUUUACUUCUCAGAAGCAUAUAAUGUUGUAUCUAAAAAGGACUAGAAAAAUCUAGUCUUAUACAUGCAUUUUGUAAUUGUGAAAAUGAAGGCCAGAGAGAAUAAGGGUCAAAUUGGAGGCAGGUUUUGUGGUUUUGUGAUUUCUCAAAGCCUUAAAUUCAACUCUGACAUUUAUUAAACAUUUGCAGAGUAUCUACUGUGUGGCAAGUAUGAUAGUAAGUACUAGGAUUACAAAAAGAAAUGCAGUUAAGUUUGUGCCUCAAGGAGCUAACCCUGUAAUAAAAGGUAUGUAAACAUCAAUUACACUAAUGUCAUAACAGUCUAAUACAGGUAUGUACAUAAUUCAGUGUUGGCCAUGGCUGGACCUGACAAAAUUUUUUAAUUUACUGAUACUCAGUGUUAGCCAUUAUUUAGAGACACACAGUCAUACACUGUAUAUCCAUUAAAAUUUUAAAUGUGCAGCCCUAACUGGUUUGGCUCAGUGGAUAGGGUGUCGGCCUGCGGACUGAAGGGUCCCAGGUUUGAUUCUGGUCAAAGGCAUAUACCUUAGUUGUAGGCACAUCCCCAGUAGGGAGUGUGCAGGAGGCAGCUCAUCGAUGUUUCUAACUCUCUAUCCCUCUCCCCUCUCUAAAAAAUCAAUAAAAUAUAUUUUAAAAAGAAUUUUAAAUGUGCAUUUCUUAGACCCAGGAAUUCUACUUCCCAGGAAUUAAUCCUAAAGUUAUACCAGCAUGAGUUUGCAAAGACACAUGGGUAAGAAUGUACAUUUGCAUCUUUUUGCUAGAUGAAUAAAAAAUUUAAAUGUC